GAGGGGAGGCGGGAGCCCGCGCCGCGUACCCGGGGGGACGCGAAAGUUUUUUGGUGUUUGUUUCAGGAUGUACACAGAACAGGAAGCCAAGAAAUUAGGAGUGGUUGGCUGGGUGAAAAAUACCAGCCAAGGAACUGUGACAGGCCAAGUUCAGGGCCCAGAAGAGAGAGUGAAUGAAAUGAAAUCCUGGCUGAGCAAAGUUGGAAGCCCAAGUUCCCGCAUCGAUAAAACAAAUUUUUCCAAUGAAAAGGAGAUCUCCAAGCUUGACUUCUCGGAUUUCAACACUAGAUACUAACAGGAGGGCACCUCACUAAGCACAAAACUGACAUUUCUGCUGCAUGAUAUUUUCUGUGCCUCCAUCAAAUGUUACAAGAGCAUUGGGAUGCUUUUCUGUACUAGGGAUAAACAUAAAUGCUCCCUGUUCCCACCAAGUAGGAAUUCCUGUUGCUGUGUUAGACAUCUUGCACCAUGAAUGUCAACAUUUAGUGUCUAAAAUGCCAAUAUCUGAUUUAUUGCAGCUUUGAAAGACAGAUAAAAGCUUAGAAGUGCUGGUGAUUAUUUGUGCGCAAUGAGACUUGUUACAUACAACCAGAUGGUACCUAAUCUUUACACUGUGAGUCAUAUUUAGAUGAAAAAUAAUAAAUUUAUGUUCUACUGUUUGUAAUCUCACCAAAAAUACAUACUUACAGAACUGGAACACUCGAGAGUUCUCUGAUAUAAGCCUGUUAUAGACCAGGCUCUAUGUGACAAUAAGGUUAUAGUGGUAAAUUAAAAUAAAUAUGUUGUUUCAAACUAGGAUUAUCUAACCAGCUCUGGUUUAAAAUUCUCCAUAAUAAUUCAGAUAAAUCUUGUUCCAAGGUGAUGAAAUGUGUGUUUUUUCCCUUGUCUAUCUGUAGCUUGCAUCCAUGCUGAUUAUAAAGGAUGUUUUAAUCUCUUUGCUUUUUUAAUGUUCUUACUAAAAUUGAAGAUUUAAGUGAUUUUCCAUAUGGGUGUGUGUUUGCUCCUGAGUUAAGACUGUGUGGUGGAACCUGAAGCCACAUCCAUCAUCUGAAGUCCAUGGAAGUUCUAAUAAAUCCUGGAUAAGUCUGA